AUGUUUUUUAAUUGGCUCAGUUCUGAUAAAGACGACAGUCAAUCAAUCGAAAAUACAACUAAUAUUCAAUCAUCCCAAUCUGGAAAUGAUGACACCAUUGAAAAUACCAGUGAUUUGGUUGAGUUGCAAAAUUGCAGCAAGAUUACUUUUGGCGAUGAUGAAACCAAUAAAGAUGAUUAUCGCGCAGUGAAUAAUACCAAUGAUUUGAAUGAUUUGCAAAAUGGCGCCAAUGAAUCCAUUGAUGAUGAUGAUGAUGAUGAUGAUGAUAAUGUAAUCCAAAAAACAAAACAACAAAAUAAAAUCGUGGAAACAGUUAAAUCUAUUGCAUCAAAGUUUUCAAAAAAGCUUGAAUUCAAGAUCACUGAUUCUUGCAUUACUACAAAAACCAACGAUUUCAAUGUAUUAUUUCAAUUUGUAUUACAAGUAUCUAUAAUAUUGGGACUCCAAUUCAAAGAAAGUACUAUCACGAAAUAUAAAGAUAUGUUAUCUAAAAAUUGUUUCUUCCGUUGUUGUGAUAUUGGCCAUUCCCAUCAGGAUAGAUUUUGUUGCCUCAAACUUUCAAAAGUAAUGAAUUCAAAUUACGUUAAAUAUAUCAUAUUACUAACCUUUUCAAAGAAUCACACAACGGAUUUUACCAAAAAAUAUGCAAUUUAUACAGUUCGGAGAAAUACAAUUAAAAAUAAAUUGAAGGAAUUAGAAAGUUUACUGUUCAAUAAAAUAGAAAUGGAAGCUGAAAAGUUCCAAAUUGUGAGAAUAAAAAAGAACAAGGCUUCAAAGAUUUGUAAACAAAGAAAGAAGAAAAGAGAAUUUUUGAGAAAAGCUUCAGAGGUUCUUCCAGGAAUAUCACGAGAUAUCGAAAACGGAGUUAUAGCUGUUGAUGAAAAUGCUAAAAAAGAAUUCGAAAACUACAUCAGAAUUGCAAAUCAAUACAAUAUUUUUGAUCAAUAA